AAAGCUUUAGAAAAUUCUCACUUGCACACACUUCACUCACUCAUAUAAAAUUCCCUCUUUGAUUUUCUUGAUUUGUGUUUUAAAUUUGAGGGUUUAUUUGUUGCCCCUCAUUUCAAGAUUCAAUUUUUAUCUUUUCUUUGAAUAGAUUUUGGAGGAUUGAAAAUUAAAACCCAAUUCCUUGUUAUUCAAAUUUUAUUCAAAAACAAGGGUUUUUAUUUUAUUGUUGAUGGAUUUAUGGAGUGGUGAAUUAAUGGAAGCACUUGAACCUUUCACCAGAAGUGAUUCUUCCACACCCAAUUUUGCUACCUCUACACAAUUAUCAUACCGAAAUGACCAUUUUGCCCCUUCUAUUGGGCUGAACCAAUUAUCGGAGGCCCAAAUGGAGGAGAUCCGGGACCAAUGGGCCAAAUAUCCGACGGCCCGGAUUGGCUAUCUCGCGCCGAGAUCCGCGCCGAUGAAGCGGGUCGGGUCGCCGGAAAAGCUCUACCGGGGAGUGCGGCAGCGCCACUGGGGGAAGUGGGUGGCGGAGAUCCGGCUGCCGCGUAACCGCACGCGCCUCUGGCUCGGCACCUUCGACACGGCGGAGGAGGCGGCGCUGGCGUACGACACGGCGGCGCACAUGCUCCGGGGGGAUUUCGCCAGGCUCAAUUUUCCCCAUCUCCGCCACGACGGCUCCAACGUCGGCGGCUACAAGCCGCUCCACGCCGCCGUCGACGCCAAGCUGCGAGCCAUCUGCGAAACCCUAGCGCAGGGGAAGAGCGUCGACGCGAAGAAGGUCAGGUCGAAGAAGUCCGCCGCCGCCGCCGUCGCGGCGGCGGAGGAGAAGCCCGACGCGUCGGAAUUGGUGAGCGGCGCGUCGUCGCCGGAGUCGGAUUUGACUUUCCCGGCGGAGGAAGAGCCCGGCUGGGAAAUCGGGUCGCUGCCCAAAUACCCGUCGUAUGAAAUUGAUUGGGACGCUUUAUAAUUGGGUGAGAGUUGGAGUCCUCGUCUGCAAAUUAGUGCAAGUCGUCUUUCUUUUUUUUUUAGUCCCUUGCAAUGAAGUUUUUUGCAAUUGCAGGGCUGUCCGUAAACCGUAGUUUGGUUUAGGGUUAGUGAGGUUAGGUUCGUAGUUGGUCAAUUUUGUAUAUAAAAUUGUGUUGUGUUUGGGUUGGUCAGCUCUCUUUUUAACCAUGGUUAGCCACCCUACCUGUAAUUUCUUAUUUCUACUCUUAUCUAUUUAUUAUUUGAAAUAGUAGAAAAUUAGAUUUUAUGUA